GCCAGCCACCAAAGACACCCCCACCACAACUGCUCGUCUCGUUUCAUCCCGGCGACCUUGUCCUUGCCAUCCUUCUUCGAUGCUCAUCUGCUUCUUGUCACGCCAGUUACGACCUCUACUUUGCAGCUCAUAGACCUUGUCAUCAGUACAUUGACUAUGGGAGCAUUUCAAGCAAUCUAUUUCGCGUCCUUCUAGUCCGCUUCGCGCCAUUUCCCCCACCUUCGUUUCCUGUCGGCAUGCCCUCGUCAUAACACCCUCCCGAAGUGAAUCGAGCCAAGUGCGACAGCUGCCUUGAAGCCGGCUGCGCUCACAUUACUAUCCUUCUCCGCGCGCGCGACCUCCGCGCAGGAGAAUGAACUCUCUCAACCUCAUCUCAUCCCGAGUUAUCGGACAGAGCCCACAACCUGCACGGCCCCGCUCGCGCUCGCAAGGUGACCUCUUGAAAAAGGAGUACGGCGACGAGACUCAUAGGGGAAGAUCAUACAGCGACGACCGUACGGCUCAGAUAAAGAAAGAGGCUGAUGCCGAGUCAUCACAUUUGCUUGAUGCUGCACCAUCCGCCGACGACGAACCGCUCUCGGUCAAAGACGAAGAAGAGAAAGACCCACUCUUGGGCUAUGAAGACAAGAGAGAGGUGUCUCCCGAAUAUCAUGGAUGGCGCGCAUUCGUAAAGAGAUUGACAGAUGCCAUUACCGCAAUCCUGGCUGCCAUUGGGGCUCCGGUCGUCUAUGUCGCAAAGUGCUUCAGAGAUCAAGACGGCAGUUUCUCACCAGUUCCACGAUGGCAACGGCGGGAGCGCAUAUCAAAUAGCAGCACAGCUAGUGCUAUGGGACUUGCUAAUGCUACUCACGACAGUACAUGGAGCUCCGAAAAGCCCACAAGUCGUGCCCUGCAAGAAACGAAGUUACGGCACUCUUACUCAAGUGAUUCAUUGAACAACACCUCCGGUUCCGAGUUGGAGCUACGCAAGGCGGAGAAGACUUCUAGGAAGCCAAAACCGAAGCGAGAAAAGAGUGGCCGCGAAGACUCGGAGACCCGAAGAUCGUCGAUCCGUAUCAAGGAGCAGACGGAUCCCGCCCUUAAACGACGAAGGCAGAAGAAGGCAGCCAGUCCCCUUGGGGACAACGCCCCAUUGACCGUUGACAACAUCAAAUCUCCUACGUCUCCCUCACUGUCGUUGAAGAUCACGAGAUAUCCACAUGCACCUCAACCACCACGGCCGCUGAUCCCGCGAAGACAGCCCUCGUAUGCCAAUCUUGUUCCUCGAUCCCCAACUCGUGGUCCAGCACCACUUCAGCAGAAGACAUUGGUUUUAGACCUCGACGAAACUUUGAUCCAUUCAUUAGCGAAGGGAGGCCGCAUGUCUUCAGGCCAUAUGGUCGAAGUCAAAUUGAACGUGCCGGUAGCAUUGAGCUCACCUCAGCCAGGGCAGGUGGCAUCAGUGCUUGGCCCUCAACACCCCAUUCUGUAUUAUGUGCACAAGCGACCUCAUUGCGAUGAAUUCUUGCGAAAGGUCUCCAAGUGGUACAAGUUGGUCGUGUUCACUGCAUCGGUGCAGGAAUACGCCGAUCCAGUGGUUGACUGGCUGGAACAGGAACGAAAAUACUUUGUUGGCAGAUAUUACCGGCAACAUUGCACGUUCCGGAACGGUGCAUACAUCAAGGAUUUGAGCAGUAUCGAACCGGAUCUGAGUAAAGUCAUGAUUCUCGAUAACAGCCCAGUCAGCUAUUUUUUCCAUGAAGACAAUGCGAUACCUAUUGAGGGAUGGAUCAAUGACCCGACGGACAACGAUUUGCUUCAUUUGAUACCCAUGUUAGAGGCUCUGCAGUAUGUCACGGACGUGAGGGCUCUGCUAGCUCUUCGACGAGGGGAGGCAGAGGCGGCCUCGUAGAUUGUGUCACAAUGUCAUCUAUUUUCUCUACAACAAA